AACAUUCGAAAUAAAUAUCCCACAAACCCCAAAAUCGAGGACAUGCAGCCUGUUAGCAGAGAAAUCGGCGGCAUUAACGGCGCCGGCUCGCUCCUCAACCAGCACCAAAUCUCGCCGCUCGCUGACUUCGUACCCGGGGUGCUGCCGGCGGAUCCAGAAUUCGAUCCGGCGGCCGCCACCGCACACGGCGAUUUCCUCGAACAGAUGCUCUCCUCCGCCGCCGGGGCCUUCCCCUGGGAGAGCGAACACGCGCCGCCGCUUCUGGAGGAACAGACGCCCGCGGCGGCGCUGGCGUCCAAGCUGCGGCAGCACCAGAUCAGCGGCGGCGCGGCCAGGGCCUUGAUCCUCCAGCAGCAGCUGCUUAGCCUCGCCGGCGGAGGCCGCGGUAUCCACUGUAACGGCGGAGACGACGGAGCGCUGUUCUCUAUGCCCAACGGCGACCAAAGCGACGUCGUUGAUGGUAACUCCUUCAAAUCCAUUAACACGGCAAAUGAUGCAUCCAUUAAAGCUCUCUUCAAUGGCUUCACCGGAUCCAUCUGUCAGACUGCAAAUCAGCCUCAGCAGUUUCACCCUCCUCAGUCCCAGAGCUUUGGUGCCGCCGGGGCUGUGGCGGCGCCGGCCAUGAACCAACCAGCUUUGAGCGGCGGAGGAACAGCUUCCGCCGGAGGACAGCCGCGGCAGCGGGUGAGGGCUAGAAGAGGACAAGCAACUGACCCUCACAGCAUAGCUGAAAGGUUACGGAGAGAGAGGAUUGCGGAGAGAAUGAAGGCGCUGCAGGAGCUCGUACCUAAUGCCAAUAAGACUGACAAAGCCUCAAUGCUGGAUGAGAUAAUCGACUAUGUGAAAUUCCUCCAACUCCAAGUCAAAGUUUUGAGCAUGAGCAGAUUAGGAGGUGCAGCAGCUGUUGCCCCCUUGGGUGGUGAUAUGACCUCUGAGGGAAAGAGCGGCAACGGAACACAAACUGCAUCAUCAUCGAACAACAACAAAAACGAGGGGAUGACCGUGACAGAACAACAGGUGGUGAAGCUGAUGGAGGAAGAUAUGGGGUCCGCCAUGCAGUAUCUGCAAGGCAAGGGCUUAUGCCUCAUGCCUAUUUCACUCGCCACAGCUAUUUCCACCACCACAAAUCCCAACUCUAGAAAACCCCCUCUUCUUAAUAACAACAACAUACUGAAUGCUGGGGGACGAAGCCCGACUUCUACUAGCAUCUCGGUUUUGACCGGUCAAUCUACAGCUAGGGAAAACUCCUUGAAAGAUCCUAUGUCGGCUUCCAAGUCCUGAACUUCUUGCUCAACGGCAAUUUCGAUGCCAUUGAGUGCGGGAAAAGCUUCACAUUGAUAAGGGCAAAAUGGGAAAAGGAGUAGUGAAAUAAACAUUUAAGGAAAAACUAAAAGAAGAAAAGAAAAUAGAAUGAGGUAUGGCUGCAUUUCAUUACACACAUUUCUCCCACACUCCUUUUGUUUUAUGGUAUCAGCGGCCGGCCAUCAAUCAAGUCUACCAAAAUAAGGGUCUCUUUAAUUUUGCUCUAGGAGUAAAGUGGUGUUUUUAUUUUAUUGAUUAUUUCAAGUAUGUACAAUACGGCGCCGUAUUUGGGUAGACUUGUUUUCUUAACUUAAGUGCGCUUGAUACUCUUUUUUUUUUGUUUUUAGCUAACAACCAGUGCAAGACCCGACUGGUUCGUGCUUUGUUCUUUUCUCGACUAUUGUUAUUUGCAAAUGCGUCGGGGGCCGACGUUUCAAUAUUUUAAAUUGAAGGCCAUACAAAAAAUAAUUGUUGUUGGGUUGGUUGAUAGAGUUUACAAGAACUCUAGCGCUCAUAUUCCAUGUAUAUAAUUAAUUAAUCAUCACUAAUUGUCGAUGUAACUUUUAAAUUGAAUAGGAAGAAAAAAAGGAAUGAAAUUAGAUUUACAGCGCCC